UUUUUGUUUUUUUGUUUUUUUUUUUGUAGAGAAGGGGUGUCAUUAUGUUGCCUAGGCUGGUCUCAAACUCCUGGACUCUAGUGAUCCUCCUGUCUUGGCCUCCCAAAGUGCUGGGAUUACAGGUGUGAGCCACCACACCUGGCCUGGAGUGGAUUUUUAUAGUAGUGGAUAACUGAUGCACCUUCCUUCUCUUUGUCUCACAACAAUCCUAGUAAUUAUUUCUCAAACAUGAACCCUCCUAUUCUUUUGUUCUCACCUAAGUAACACAUAGUGUGAAGCAACAUACAAACACAUAUACAUGUUUCUUGGAAACAAGCUGUAUUAGUUUCCUAGAGCUACAGUAACAAAUUACCACAAACUAGGGGGCUUGAAACAACAGAAAGUUAUUCUCUCACAGUUCUAGUGACUACAAUUCAUGGCCAAGGUAAGGGCAGGUUAUUCUCUCCCAAGGAUCUUAGGGGAGAAUCAGCUUCGUGUCUUUCUCUUGGCUUCUAGUGUCCCCAGCAAUCUUUGGUGUUCCUUGGCUUGUAGCUGUAUAAGCCCAAUAUCUGCUUCCAACGUCACAUGGCAUUCUCCCGCUAUGUUUUCAGGUCAUAUUGGAUUAAGAGCUGACCAUCUUCCCCUAUGACCUCAUCUUAACUAAUUAUGUCUGCAAAGACCCUAUGUGCAAGUAAGGUCAUGUUCUGAGGUACUGGGGAUUAGGACUUCAAUAUAUCUCCUGGGGGAAUACAAUUCAACCCAUGACACAUGCCUACCAUUUCCCCCUCAGUUGUACAUUGUAGAGCCCUUAAACAUUUCAGUCUUCAAUGUGACAAAGGCUGGGCAUGAUGGCUCACGCCUGUAAUCCCAGCACUUUGGGAGGCCAAAGCAGGAGGAUCAUUUGAGGUCAGGAGUUCGAGACCAGCCUGGCCAAAAUGGCAAAACCGCUACUAAAAAUACAAAAAUUAGCUGGGCAUGGUGGUGCAGGCCUGUAGUCCCAGUUACUUGGGAGGCUGAAGCAGGAGAAUCUCUUGAAUCCAGGAGGCGGAGGUUGCAGUCAGCCAAGAUCGAGCCACUGCACCAGCCUGGGUGACAGAAAGAGACUCCGUCUCAAAAACAAACAAAAGUGACAAAACAGUAAUUCUUAGUAUUUAAUCAACAAAAACCUAUUGAGUGCCUACUACGUGCAAAGCACUCAUCUGGGCUUUAUUUGCUUCAAACUAAUCUGUAUAAACACUUGGUCAUUAAAUUAGAAUUUGAAUGAAUUUGACCUCAGUGUUUUUCAUUUGGAACAAGGUAGGCAGUGAGGAACAGAUCCAUACAAAGGCCUGUGAAUGGCGAAAAGACUAUGCCAGGCACAGUUGCCAGAUUUCACAGACUGGCAGUUACUCAUUUGUAAUCAACAACCUUUUGCAAAGCCAAAGUUGAUUGGUGUUUUGUGGGCCUGUUAAUAGGACCACCACACUCAGCUUUUCGCCCCCGCAAUGACAGGAUGAUUCCUCAGCUAUUUUUGUUUGUUUGAACAUUUUUUUUUCUAAACCAAAUUUCCCCAGGAUUUUCUUUCCGGUUUAUUUUGGAGCCGGAACCUCCUAUGUUCCCAGCUUUGGAGAUUAGAAGUACUUUCUCCACACCUUCAGAUUUUCUAGUAUUGCAUAAGUUGUACUUGUCCAGACAUGCUCAUUCUUUAGUUAGUUCUGUUUAAGUUUUCUCAUCGUUUCACUUAUGUUGUUUACUUCAUCCCUUCCUCUGCUUUCUAUGGGUUAUUUUGAUGUCCUUUUCCCAAUUACCUGAAUUCAAUGUUUAAUUCAUUUAUUUUCAUUCUUUUCAUUCUUUCUUGCUUAGUAAUGAGUAUGUAUGAGCUCUGCUGGGCACGGUGGGGUGGCUCAAGCCUGUAAUCCCAGCACUUGGAGAGGUCAAGGCGGGCAGAUCAUUUGAGGUCAAGAGUUUGAGACCAGCCUGGUCAACAUGGUGAAACCCCAUCUCUACUAAAAAUACAAAAAUAGCAGGGCGUGGUGGCCGGUGCCUGUAAUUCCAGCUACUCGGGAAGCUGAGGUAUGAGAAUCACUUCAACCUGGGAAGUAGAGGUUGCAGUGAGCUCAGAUCCCAUCACAGCACUCCAGCCUGGGCGACCAAACAAGACCCCGUCUCAAAACAAACAAACAAAACGAGGCCAGGCACGGUGGCUCACACCUGUACUCCCAGCACUUUGGAAGGCCAAGGCAGGUGGAUCACCUGAGGUCGGGAGUUUCAGACCAGCCUAACCAACAUGAAGAAACCCUGUCUCUACUAAAAAUAUAAAAUUAGCCGGGUGCGGUAGCGCGUGCCUGUAAUCCCAGCUACUCGGGAGGCUGAGGCAGGAGAAUCACUUGAACCCGGAAGGCGGAGGUUGCGGUGAGCCGAUUGCACUCCAGCCUGGGCAACAAGAGCAAAACCCUGUCUCAAAGAAAAAAAAAUGUACAAGGUAUGUAUUUUCUUUCUUUCUUUUCCACAUCAGAAAGUAAAGGCUAAUGUUUUUUCUAAGUACCAGGCUGUCUACCUAUUGAAAUCCCCCAUCCAUUCACUCAGCUAAGAUUCACUCACUGUCUCGCCCUGAAGUCAUUUCUAUCUUCUUUGAAAUCAGUUCUGGACCUCUGAGGAGAAUGGUAACUGUGUUUAUUUUCAGAGAGCCUUCUUUCUGCCUUAGCAUAGUGUCCCAGCACAAAGCAAUGAUCAUAAAUGGACAACCAUUAUUGAACAUUGACCCUGUAGCUGGCAUUGCACUAAGUACUACAUUAUUUUAACUCUUCCAUUCUAAUCCUCUAUGCCCAUUUUACAGACAAAAUGAUACUCACUCGAAUGUUUGUCCUCUGUUUCCAUUCUUGAAACAUGCCAAACCUCCAGUUUUAGGGCCUUUCCCUAAAACUGGACAUAGGAAGGGUCUAUGUCUCUCUCUUCCAUAUUCUAAUUAAGCACUCAGCACACAUGCCAUCUCUUCAAAGGUUUUCCGACCGCCUAUCUACAACAGCCUGCCUCCACAGUUUCACACACUCUUUUAUGUUGUUUAUAAAAGAAUCUCACUCAGUGAAAGCUGGAUUUCCUCUCCUGUAAAAUGAGGUAGGCCCUCUCGGCUCAAGGUCACUCCCUGUGAUUCUACACAGAGAGGGAGUGGGAAGAGAGGGCGCCAGGCAGCAGAGGAGGAGGAGGAAGGAGGGAAGGCGGGAGUAGGUGCAGAAGCGGGGGAUCUGGCGGUCCAGGGGAGUAGAGGGGAGGGGGAUUCGAGUGGGCGCCAGGUGGAGCGGAGGACAAGGGUUGUCAUUGGAGCACGAAAGGGAGAGCGGUGUGUCCCGCAGGGACUGGGUAGGGCAGCGCCUGCUAUGGACUAGGGGCGAGGGCUACGAAAGGGUUGUUGGAGGGGUGGAUGAGGGUGGAUUCCGAAACCAAGCGGCUCCAAGGGGCGACUAGAGGUGGGGAGGGGGCGCGCAGGAGUUGCCAAGGUCCGACAGAGGGGAGCGCGGUCUACCGGGCUGGGAAUGGGCCGGACAGGGCGCGGGGUUCCGGGGUCGCGGAGAGGCGCCGAGGUAGAUCUGAGCUGAGUGGAGGGCGCGUAGGCGUGGGUGCAGAGGGGCGCUGAGGGGAUCCGGGCCCAGCGGCCGGUGGAGAGGGGCCACGUAAGACGCUCAGGUGGGAGCUGCGCGGCCGAGCGAGCGCAGAGAGGGCGCGGCUUGCGCGGCUGGGCGGGGCCAGGCGCCGGGUAGGGGCGGGGGGUGCGCCGGGGUCGCCUAGAGGCGGGUGCAGCAGCGGGGUCCGGCGCUGUCUGGGCGGCCCCAGUGGCUGUCGGCUCACUUCCGGGAACGCCUGGGAACCGCAGUAACCGCCUGUUAGCGGCGCUCCCAGCCGGCCGGCGCGCAGGCCAGGCCAAAGCCCUGGUGCCCGCGCGGUGCGGGCCUCAGUCUGCGGCCAUGGGGGCGUCCGCGCGGCUGCUGCGAGCGGUGAUCAUGGGGGCCCCGGGCUCGGGCAAGGGCACCGUGUCGUCGCGCAUCACUACACACUUCGAGCUGAAGCACCUCUCCAGCGGGGACCUGCUCCGGGACAACAUGCUGCGGGGCACAGAAAUUGGCGUGUUAGCCAAGGCUUUCAUUGACCAAGGGAAACUCAUCCCAGAUGAUGUCAUGACUCGGCUGGCCCUUCAUGAGCUGAAAAAUCUCACCCAGUAUAGCUGGCUGUUGGAUGGUUUUCCAAGGACACUUCCACAGGCAGAAGCCCUAGAUAGAGCUUAUCAGAUUGACACAGUGAUCAACCUGAAUGUGCCCUUUGAGGUCAUUAAACAACGCCUUACUGCUCGCUGGAUUCAUCCCGCCAGUGGCCGAGUCUACAACAUUGAAUUCAACCCUCCCAAAACUGUGGGCAUUGAUGACCUGACUGGGGAGCCUCUCAUUCAGCGUGAGGAUGAUAAACCAGAGACGGUUAACAAGAGACUAAAGGCUUAUGAAGACCAAACAAAGCCAGUCCUGGAAUAUUACCAGAAAAAAGGGGUGCUGGAAACAUUCUCCGGAACAGAAACCAACAAGAUUUGGCCCUAUGUAUAUGCUUUCCUACAAACUAAAGUUCCACAAACAAGCCAGAAAGCUUCAGUUACUCCAUGAGGAGAAAUGUGUGUAACUAUUAAUAGUAAGAUGGGCAAACUUCCUAGUCCUUGCAUUUAGAAGCUGCUUUUCCUAAGACUUCUAGUAUGUAUGAAUUCUUUGAAAAUUUUAUUACUUUUAUUUCUACUGAUUUUAUUCUGGAUGCUAAGGAUGUGCAAAAUGAUUCGGAUACUAAGAUUCAUCCUUUGAAAUCAUCCAGUGUGUUGUAUGCAGUUAUCCUCAAAAACAUCAGCGAUGUCUGAACUUUUAAAACAUGUUAGAGCAAAAUUAAAAGAGCAUUUGGUAGUAAUCUAACUUUUUGUUCAGUUAACAAGUGGUUGAUAAAGUUUCCAUAUUUUUCUGGAAAAGUUAAAAAAAGUUACAUGUCAUUUGGAGAAAAUACGUAAUCAGAAAUUUUUGCAUAGAUUGAUGCCAAAAAAGACAUUUCCAGCAUUAUGGAACAUGGUGAGACACUAUAUAAAAUUCCAGAAAGAAAGCAACUGGAUUUACAGAUUUAUUGUGAGACACAAAUUCACUGCUGCCUUUACACUAAGAAAUGUAUAUGUUAACCGUAUAUGCUCUAUUUAUUUUGUUGUUAAGCAUAUUUUCGGUUUACUCAAUUUUCAAUUUGCUAUAAAAAUGUAUCAAUUAGCAUAUAGAAAAAUAUUACUUUAAGAUGACUUGUUUCCUUUGAAAAUACCUAUGUACUGAGGGUUAUGAUUUAUGUCAAAAAUUGACAUAAGUGCUUUUACAAGCACCAAAGUUGAAUGAAUUUUCAACAAAAUGUAAUUAAAGUCUAUGUUUUCAGAUGUGACUCAGGUUAAGAAAUGUGUUUUAGGAUCUACUUGCUGGUUUUUCUUUUUGAUCCAAAUGUAUGAUCUGCCUGGAUAAAUAACAAGUUAUAGUACCAUCUCCCCCGCCAAAAAAAAAAAAGAAAAGAAAAAAGAGAAAACCCAUGGCACUAUGUAGAUAAAGUAAGCAUACUUUGUCGUUAGUAAAUAGAUGAGGCAUGCCUGGGAAAUGCACCCUUGGCAUAAAUAGCAAUCAAUCAUAAUUAGUUAAACAGGUGUACCAAUAAAAAGAAUUUACAUGAUAGGUUAACAAGGACCAGGAAAGUAAGUGAGUUUCCUGAAGGAUGUUCCUGAUCAAUACCUGUUAGCAUUCACUGCCACAAUAUUUUAAGGAGAAAGAACUCUAUUGGUGUCAUCUGAGCAGCCAUUUAAAAAUUGGAACCUAAAGGAUGGUUGCUGAUGUACUGUGUGGUCUGGUAGAAGUGGGGAAAUAUGAGAGGUGGAGGAAAAACUUGAUUAUGUCUUCCAUGGCAUAUUUACUCUUACUUUACUUGGUGCCAAAUCAAAUGAAACAAGCCGUCUUACAAGCUGUUAUUGCCUUUAAAAAUCUGUUCCGUUUUUUUCCCAGGUACUUAAACUACAAGUGCCAGUAAGUGGUUCUUACGUAUUUUGGGGGGAAAAUUUUGUUUCCCUUUUCUUCUGAUAUUUAAAAAAUUCAUCGAUCUUUCAAGAUGAACCAAGGUUUUUUAAAAGAAUUAUAGUAAACACUUGAUUCUUUAUAAAACUCUCUAUAAUGCCUUAUUUGAAUGUUGAUCUUAUGUGCUUUCUAAAAAAUGUUGUGAAAUACCAAACUUACGGAUUAUCACUAGAUUAUCAAGCAUACAUUAGUCUUUAUCAGAAUAAAAUGAAAUUUCAUAACUGUGGCUAUUACUUUGUCCUUGGUCCUUCACAGGGCCUGCUCCAUCCCACCUUCCUUUCUGCUGCCUGAUGUCUCAAUGGCUUCUGAAUGACUGUUCUAAUAAAUGAUCUUAAAACAGUC